AUGUGCGUGGUUUGUAAGGCCAGUAAGAGUGGCUCAUAUGUUCGGGGUGAAUUGUAUGGCAGCUCUCACACAUCAAUGAACAUGGUAUACAAUGAUCAUUCCCAAAAGUUGAUUAUGAAAGAUAAGGUGGUACGCACGACGAAAUCAAAACUCUCGUGCACGUGCUGUGGUCUUGCUCUUUCUGCUGGUAUUUGUGUGCUCAGGAUUUGCAAGUCACGGUGUUUCUGUGCUCAGGAUUUGUGAGCCACUGUACUUCUGUGGUGAACAACAGCCCUGAUACACAUGCAUACAGCCAUUAAGUCAUACGCGCAUGCUAUCCGCCAUUGGCAAGGGACUAAGAGACCAUUUGAGAGGGUUAGGAAUAACAUAAUUAAAUAGGUACUCAUUGAACUCUGAGUGGAUGUUCACAAUCAGAUUUAUUUAUUGGAAGUUUUAGUAACUUGUGUAACUUGUAAACUUGUGUAAGAAAAUAAAUUAAACUAUUUAAUAGAAAAGAAAUUUAGUAAAAAGGAAAGAUUGCUUCAAUUUAUAUUUUGCAGUGUUGACUGCUGUUCAUGGAAUGAUUUUAACUACGGCGUUGAUCGACUUAAUUGAGCCGCUCCGUUGACAAACGGUGCACGCAGUCAGUUUCUCACGGUAGCAACGGCGGAGCGUCCGAGAUCUUCCGAAGCUGCUGCGCAUGUGCGUUGUAAAUGCGUCCAUUAGCGCGCGUUGGAGAGGGGAUUGGUGGUCACCACGGGACCAAUCAAGUUUUAGCGGCGCACGUUGGAGUAGGGAUUGGUGACCGCUGUGGAAUCAAACCGGUUUCGUGCAUUGUUUUUGUUUUGAUAUUUUCCCGUGCGGGUGAACAACAGGAAAGUUUAUGAAUUAAUGGUUUUAGUUGGUUUUUUUUUGUUGGAAUUUUCUUAAAAUUAUUCACAGUGACUUAGCAGAAAACUUAUAUUUGCCUUUUAUAAACGUAGCAAAAUUAACCAAUUAUUUUGGCAAUUUUUGAGCUAUUAUAUUUGUGAGAUUUUUACGUAACUUUUAUUUGGUAUAUGUAUUAUGUGGCUAUAAUUGUUUGAAUUAACAGAAUUGUUCAAAAAUUUAACACGACGUUAAUUAUAAGAUACUAAUUGGUAAAAAAAAUUAUGCACAUAAUAUAGGUACUAUUUAUAUAUAUAUAUAUAUAUAAUGGUGUUAAGGUUAAAUUUUGAUAAUAAUCGUAAAUAUUACGGCAUUUUAAAAUAUUACUGAAUUUCUCUAAGAAUCGUUUUUUGUUAGUCAUGAUUUAUUAUUGAUAAAAAUAGAUAUAAAUUAAACAACUUAAUAAAGUAUCCUACUUUUCCCAGUUCCUACCAGUGGAGUACUGAUAAGGUGGCAUGACAGGCAAUGGGCCAACGAAAUUUAGAGGCCCAAAAUCAGGGCCUGUGGCAUAAUUUAUUAGUGUAUAGAUAGGUGAAUAAAAAACAGACGACGACCAUUAUAAUAUGAGUAGACGAACGUAUGGAUCUAAAACUGUGUAAAUUGGGCUCAAACUUGUUUGAGCCAAUAACUGGCCCGCCUCUUGCAAUUAUUGAUAGGAAGGUGCACACGUAUAAAUUAUACGAAUCUUUUACUGUUUACCCUUUUUUUUUUUGCUGUUCGGCUUAAUUCAGUAGAACAUAUAUGUAUUUAUUUUAUUUUUUAACGUAGCAAUCUUGGUGUUGGGCCUUGCCGUAGCAGCUACGAUAUUUUGCCACGGGAAUUAUAAUUAUCUAUUUACGCCUCUGCUUCUCACCUAUAUGAAUGGCACAUCCAUCCCCAGUAUUAGCUCUUUUGGAUUCUGAGCGGAGCAAAAAAAAUGUAUUGGUUUUACAAUGAUGUUUAUUUUUAUAUUUUAUUAACUACUUUUCUACCAAAAAUCUAAAUCCGAUUUUUUAAUAUAGCACCUUUUCGUAAUUUUUAUUCAGUAGGAACUCUGUGGAUAAAAUUUUUUGACCAAACAGUAAUGUUUGAUCAUUUAAUUGAACGUUUAUUAUAAGUUGUACUUUGUGGCUAAAAAUAAUUGAGUGUAAAGAAUUUUUUUAAAAAAAUUUUAACAUCUAUUUACGACCUUUUCAAACAUGUUUAAUCGAGAUCCGCUCAGAAUCAUAUUUCGUUAGCAGAGAUUAAUCAUUGCAUACAGAUAUAUAAACAAUUCCCUUAUAUUAUCUAUCUUCCUAACAUCUCACCUACAACAGUGACUUAUCCAUUGUGAGAAGUAUGCCCGUCUUUUUUUAUUUUUAGCUUCCUUAUUGGUUACACUGAUACAAUAAAUUGAAUGAUUGUAUGGGUAACUUUAUAAACUUAUGUCAUAGACAAUAAUUAAUCCAUGCAAUAAUUGAUACAUGGACCUUAAGAAAUCUCGGUAAACAUAUAAAUUAUUAUCUGAAAAAAAAGUGCAAGGAGGGCAAAAGACACUUAGAACCUACGAGAGUUGGGUCAAGAAUAGAAAGACAAACAAAAAUGUUUAUUAUUAUUAUUAUCAUCCCUUCAGUUGUAUUACUAAGACUAAAUUAAAUAGUAAAAAGCAAAUAUAUACCAAUAACCUAAUGUAUUAUUAUUUAUAUUACACAAUAUGCAAAUACCCCUAGAAUAUUAUUAUAUUCAACAAAUGUAUUUUUUUCAACCCUUAUUACAAUAUUUCAGAUAUACACAUGAACAAUGCAAAUUAUCAAAUAAAUUAUAAAAUUGAAAUUAAUCAUUAAUCUUAUAAAUUUACUAUUAAAUAUUACUUCCAGGCACUGAGAAGACAAUUUUUUGACGAUUUUUUAUCCAAUAUUGCGAUUCGGUAAUCGAUACUAUAGCGUCUAUUAAAUACAUAUUUAAUAUGUUAUUAAUUUUUUCCUGGUCAAUUGGAUAAUCUGAAAAUAUGUUGAAAAAAACGUGUUAUAUUAUUAAACAUACUAUAUCACUAAGGUAACAUAAAGUAUCCCAUUUAAUUUAUUUAUUAUGUUAUCUAGAAAUAUUCAAUACUUAUGAAUAGAAUGUUUUAAAAAUUUAUAUUGUAAUUAUUAUAGGUUCUAUAAAAUAAAAUUUAUUGAAAUAAUGAAAAUAUACCUACGUAAUUCAUAAUAAAACUAGAUAAUUAUAAUUAUAUAAAUUAUAAUCUUACAAUUUGUAGAAAAUUAUAAUACAGUGUGGUUAUCAUACCAUCGAUCAAUAAUUAGAACUAAAUUCCAAAGAAUAUGAUAUUGUAAGAGUACUGAACAACGUAGAAUUUGAACAUCUGGAUUCAAAUGUGCAAUGCUAUGACCAAAAUGAAAACGUUGAUGAUGCAAUUAUACAAUCCAUACAAGAUAAACAUGAUUUGGAUGAAGAUACAGACGAGGAACCAGAUCCACCAAUUCGACUACAGGAGGCAAAGAAAUGUUUGGAAAUAUUGAGACUAUUUUUUCUUCAACAAGAAAAUAAGGGAAGCCCCAUAAAUACUUUGGAUGCUUGUUCGGACUACAUUCGUCAACAAUCAAUAAUACGCAAGAAACAAAGUAAUAUUCAUAGUUUUUUUUAAAUAACAUAAAAUACAAUGUACAUUAUAUAUAUGUAUAUAUGUACUUUAUAUUAAUUAUGUAUGUAUGUAUUUUUAUAAAUAACUUAGUUAUAAUACCGUGAUUUUCUUUUGGUAAUGUAAUAAAAAAUUUAAAUAAAGUCCAUAGUAAAACAAUUUCAAAAAAUGUAUAUGUCAUUUUUGUAUUUCGGAUUAUUGGGACAACCGCUUUAUUGGGACAAAAUAAAAUGCAACCGAUGUGUCCCAAUAAAGCGGAUUCGACUGUAUUACUAUACUCUUUUCUAAUUAAGAGUACACCGGUUCGCGCAUAUGCGACUGAGCGCCAAACGUUGCUGAACCCUUCUAUUAAUUAGUCGAAAACAAUCGUUCCCGAUUGUACGCCGUCGCCGCACUAUACCGUAUGUCGCAUGCGUUGUCGUCUUUGCCGUCACCGUGUAUACAGCGAGUUAUAAUAUCUAUAAUGCCUAUCGUCUAACAAAUCGUGAUAAUAUACGUGUAUCUUAUACCAACUAUUAUCAAACUAACGAGCAACAUUGAAAAUUAUGCAACAUAAAGCAGAUAUAUGUAGAUUUUAGGUUAACAUUAGAAUUUUAACACAAAUAACACCAUGUAUGGAGAAGAAUAUUUUAAUAGAUUUAUUUACAAGAAAAUUAUAUCAUAUGUACAUUUUUUUCAAAUUACCAAUACAUUACAAAAUUAAACAUUUAAAACAAUUAAAACGAGUCUGAAUUUGAUGUAGUUUUUCCAUUGACAUUGAAAGCUAAUUGUUAAGUUUCCACGGUCAUCAUGUCAUUAACAAUGAAAUUAAUUUUCCAAAAUUUGACUUCUUUUUAUUAGUGUUGGUUAUGAAAUUUGUACACAAUUCCGAAUUUAUACGCUCCAUGCUUACAUUCAAUAACAUUUUAACAUCAGCCAACUUGUACGUAGAGUUGUUUUGCUUGUCUUAAUAUUUUACUGAAGACCACGCCAGCUCAAUGGGGUUAAGUUCUUAAUGGUAUGGAUGUAGUCUGAGAAUUGUGCGUCAAUGUUAUUUUGCAAGCUCGUCAAUUAUGCAUUUAUUGUAUAGUGGUUUUGUUUGGUUCAAUAUAGCCAAACAUUGUGGUAUAACUUUCUAGCCAAUUGAUAAUAUCAACUUUCCUUUUCGCAGAUAUAGGUAUUUUAUUGACUUUAACAUAGUGGUAAGAGACAUUGUCCAUAACAAUAAUACAAUUUUUUUUCAAAUGUGGUAAAAUACUUUCUGUCCAUUCAUAAAAUGUAUCUCUGUUUAUUCACCGUGAUAAUCGAAGGAAUUAUUUUUCGAUUUAAACCAUAGUAAACCACCAGGCAUGAAGCCGUCUUCAAACCCAAUAUGGAGAACAAUCAGAUGUUUUCAUUUACCUGGUGAAUUUUUGAAAUCCGUUGUUAAACCUCGUAGGAAUGCGUCAUGGAGAAAUUUAAUUAUUUAAUUGACCUAUGUCUUGUUCGUGCACUCGCCUACAGUGACCCAUGUCCCAUUUAAUAAACGUGCCGUCCCUCCUCACGAUACUUUUUCAAAUCUUCAAAAUAUUUUCUCCACCACACAAAAAUGUCGUCUUUCUCGGUUAAUGCACUAUUUCUACUUAUUUUAGUGUACUCAAAAUUCAUCAAUUUUAGAAGUCUAAAUAAAUUUGUUCUUGAUAUUGGUGGAAUUGUAUCAUCAUUAUUAACAACAGUAUAUAUUUUGUCGACUGUAGGGAAAUGUUAUUCAAACCAAAAGAAAUGUACAUGUCUACGUAUCGCAUUCAGGUGAAAAUACUCAAAAGUAUUUGAAAACGAGAGAAACAUCCGUUUUUUACAUGGCGAAGUAACUGUUUUAUUAUUAUUAUAUUCGGCAAUAGUUUUCGAAAUGGUUUUCUCACCUAUUCCCAGUUCUUUGGAUAUAAUUUAUCUAUAUUUUCGCAUUGUAUCUCCUGGAGUAUGAACCAACUUUAUCUUGUUUGAGUUUAUUAUCAUUCAUCUCUGACUGUAAGAUACGCUCUAAUACUACUAAUAUCACUAAUUUAAAUAAAUUAAUAAAAUUUAAAAAAAAAAAUUGAAUUUCGUUAUUCAAUAAAUCGAAUUUUGAAUUAUUUACUUAAUUUUCCACAAGGAUUUUUUUUUUUGGUGGUGUUACAACUGCAGCAGCAUUUUCGUCAGACAUUACGUCAAAAAAAAAAAAAAUAAGUAAACUGUUUUCAAAAAAAUAUUUUUAAAAAACCAUAGCGUUUGUACGAGAAAUUACGUGUACACUGUAAGGCAGUUAAAAAAAAAAAUUGUAUUGUACUUGGUUCGCUACGUGUGUUGUAUAGCAUUUGUAUCGACGGCGGCAAGACAACCGCCAGGCGGUAGCAGUGGUGGAAUCGAUAGAUCGGCGGAUGAGUGGAUGAAGCAGUACCGAUACCAGGAAUGGGGACGCAUCCACGAAAACGGACGUAUUUUCGUCCGCCACGCGGUGUACUUUUAA